AUGAUUGACCCUGCUGAUGGUGACAAUACCGCACACGAAUUGCAAAAUAUUUCAAAACUGAAAUUACCACCAUUUUGGCCUUCUAAUCCCGAUAUUUGGUUUCGACAAGUUGAAGCACAGUUUACUCUAACUAGAAUUAGCAGUGAAAAAACAAAAUUUAACAUUCUUUUGGCAAAUUUACCCACUGAGAUCAUCUCUACCGUGGUAGAUCUCAUACAGAACCCUCCAGACAUAAAUCCAUAUUCUUCACUCAAAAAAUUGUUAAUCGACAGGUUAUCAUUGAGUGAAGAAAAACGGCUGGACGAUGUUCUGUUAGGUUCGCAAAUGGGAGAUCAAAAACCGUCAGAUUUUUAUCGAGCGAUGUUGACCACGGUUGGUGGUUCUCAGGUGGUUAGUCCAAAUUUAUUAUUAAAAUUGUGGCAAAGGAGACUACCUCGUGUUGUUUCGGUUGCACUCCUCGCUUCUGGCAAAGAGGACGUUGUGGACAUUCUUUCCAUUGCCGACAAGGUGUGGAAAUCAAUGAAUUUGACGUCGACCUUAACACACCUCUCGGAAGUUCAAAAACAUCGCACCACAACAACACCACCACACGACUAA